GUCCCAUCCUGCCCAGUUUGGUGUCUUCACGGACCUUCUGGUGUCUUCCAAUUGUAGGUCCGUUCCACGCUCUUGCCUCUCCAGGGGUCCAACGCCGUCGGCCUCCUUUACACGACACUUCACUUGGUGUUUUGCGGCUUCUCUUUUGUCUGCUACAUCUUGCUUCUUCGAGUGCGCUAUCGUCUUGGUCGUCGCGUUCGCUGCGAUUUUUUUUUUUUUUUUUUUUUUUUUUUUUGUUGAGAGCAGCGGUAGGGAAGGUUGGUGGGUAGAAUUCGGCACUGGGAGGUGUUGGGUAUGCUCGCGUGUCGAUAUUCUGGUGCCUCUUUGUGGUGGUUUGGUCCAGGGUUCUGGCGUGAUUGCGGCCAAGAUAGAGGGAUCACGAGGUUGGAUUUAUGAAUAAGAUGGUGGGACGGCCGGGUACGCCGAACUCGCAAUCUGUGACUCAGUUUCUGAAUCAGGCGUUGUCGCAGAGGGGGCCGCAAGCCUUGGCAUAUGUGGAGGACGACAAAUGGACAAUCCGGGAGCAUCUUUUGAAAGUCCUUCAGGAGUUUCCCGGUUUGCAGGUCAAGACUGCUGUGUUCAAUCACAAUGAUGGGCGGAUUCUGAACCUAUUGCAAGCUGAGGGAACUAUUCCCAUGUUUUAUCAGGAUGUUAAGUACAAUAUUCCUGUCACCUUGUGGCUUCUUGAAACAUACCCUCGCCAAGCUCCUUUAGUGUUUGUUAAUCCAACUCGAGAUAUGAUAAUCACGCCCCGUCACCCUAAUGUAGAUGGAUCAGGCAUGGUAAACUCUAUAUCUCUUCAGCAAUGGAUUUACCCUAGGUCAAAUUUAGUUGAAUUGGUUCAAAGCCUGUCUCUUCUAUUUGGGCAAAAACCUCCUUUAUAUUCAAGGCCGUCUGUUUCAGUUAGCGUUCGGCCCCCGCCCCCUCCAACACCACCACCACCAUUUAUGAAUCCAAUUCACACAGGUGGUGCAACUAUGCAAUUGAAUCCCACCUCAUCUCCAGGUCCUUCUCCUGCCCAGUCCCCAAGACUUUCACUUCCAUAUCCUCCAUAUCAGCAUUCGCCACCUCCGCCUCCUCAUAUCCGUAACGACGACCCGCAAGAACAGUAUAGAAGGAAUGCUGUUAAUGCUUUGACCGAGAAGGUGAGAAGUGAUAUCAAAAGACUGAUGCAGGAGCGGCACAACGAGAUGGAAUCAAUCUUCAAAACACAGCAACUGUUGGGUCAAAGGUCGGAGCAGCUGAAGAAUGGACUUCGGGAGUUGAACGGAGAAAAAGCGGCUCUUGAAAAUCAACUACAAGCUACGUUGACUAACACAAGCAUAUUGGAGAACUGGCUCAAGGCUAAUGACAAGGGUAUCGCCCAUGUUGACAUCGAUGAUGUUUUUGAGCCAGCCGACACUCUGUCUAAGCAGCUGCUCGAAUCCCAAUCUUCUGAUCUGGCUAUUGAAGAUGUGCUGUAUGCCAUUGAUAAAGGAGCUCAAGAUUUGGUAGUUCCUGUCGAAGCCUACUUGAAGCACGUAAGAGUUCUCGCUCGAGAGCAGUUUUUUCAUCGUGCUACCGCUCAGAAAAUUAGGCAAAUGCAAGUGUCCGCACAGGUCGACAACAUGGCAUCACGGGCUUCUUAUGUCUCAUAGUAUUCUUCGAUGUUUUGGCCAUUUAAUUUGCUUAUUGGCACUCUCAAGUCAGGUCAGGAUGCGUUUCUGUUUAUGACAAUCCUUCCCUAAUGAAAUCUCUUUGUAAAUAUCGUAGUGAGUGAACUCUGCCAACUACUUGCAAGUGUUGGCCGUUCAUUCGUCCUGUUGAGUAUUGUAAUACAAUACCGCAUUAGGCGUGCCAGGCGUCACUGCUUGCGGAGUUUGCACAUAUUCUGUCAUAAGCUCUCCCUAGACUUGAUCAACCUUAGCCUUCUAUAGUCUAGGUCUAAGAUUACACCGUGCCUCUUUCGCUUUACAUUAUUCUUUUACAAUUCCAUCAUACGUAGAUACGCACAUGAGUUUGUUUUCAUUCA